AUGUCUCCCAAGCGCCAGUUCGACCCCACCUUCACCCCCUCUGUCAUCAAUGGCAUGGGCCCCAAGACUCCCGAGCGUGCUCGCGUUGUCUUGGGUUCUCUCAUUAAGCACAUCCACGACUUCGCUCGUGAGGUUGAACUGACCUCCGCCGAGUGGAUGCUCGGCGUUGAGUUUAUCAACUCUAUCGGCCAGAUCAGCACCCCUAUUCGCAACGAGGGUCACCGCAUCUGCGAUGUGAUCGGUCUCGAGUCUCUUGUCGAUGAGAUCGCCAACAAGAUCGUCACUGAGGAUGGUGUCUCUCCCACCUCCAACGUCAUUCUCGGCCCCUUCUGGUCUCCCAACGCUCCAUUCCGCGCACUCGGCGACAGCAUCAUCCAAGACCCGAACCCCGACGGCCGUGUUACUUUCAUGCACGGUACCAUUCGGGACAUGGAAACCGGCAAGCCGAUCGCCGGCGCCGUCCUCGACAUCUGGCAAGCUUCCGCCAACGGCCAGUACGAUUUCCAGGACCCCGCCCAGACCGACAACAACCUCCGUGGCAAGUUCCGUUCCAACGAGAAGGGUGAAUUCAACUGGUACUGCUACCACCCAACCCCUUACUCCCUGCCCACCGACGGCCCCGCCGGUGUCCUCCUCAACCUGAUGGACCGCUCCCCCAUGCGCCCCGCCCACAUCCACCUUAUGAUCACCCACCCCGACUACGCCACCGUCAUCAACCAGAUCUACCCCAGCGACGAUCCCCACCUUGCCAUCGACUCUGUCUUCGCCGUCAAGGACGAUCUCGUCGUAGAGUUCAAGCCUAAGACCGGCGACCCCAAGGCUUCCCUUGACUUGGAAUACAACGUCAAGAUGGCGCUCAAGAAGCACCACCCCAACCCCAACUCUGCUCCCCCUGUGUCCUCGUUCGAGCGUCACGCAAAGGCCGCCAAGGAGGCCCAGGGAAAGCUUUGA